AUGGCGGCUUCGGCAGCUCAGAUACACGCCCUCGGCGCCUCAGCCUACUUCACGUCCGGAAAUACCACCAAAAAGAAUGUAACUAAAACAGUUUUCUUCGGCUCGAACCUGAAUAACAAUGAUCUGAUGAGGUUGAAUCUAAAAUGUAAAGCCAGAAACAUUUCCCGUCGUGGCACGCCACUCCGUGUGGCGGCGGAGAAAGUCGUUGGAAUUGACCUUGGGACGACCAACUCCGCGGUGGCGGCUAUGGAGGGUGGUAAACCCACAAUUGUUACUAACGCGGAGGGCCAGCGGACGACGCCGUCUGUGGUUGCCUAUACGAAGAACGGGGACAGGCUGGUGGGGCAAAUUGCCAAGCGGCAGGCGGUGGUGAAUCCUGAGAACACAUUCUUCUCCGUGAAGAGAUUUAUUGGGAGGAAGAUGUCGGAGGUCGACGAGGAAUCAAAGCAGGUCUCAUAUCAUGUUGUGAGAGAUGACAAUGGAAAUGUGAAGCUUGAGUGUCCUGCCAUCGGGAAGCAGUUUGCAGCUGAAGAAAUUUCAGCACAGGUUUUGAGGAAGCUUGUGGAUGAUGCAUCAAAGUUUUUGAAUGACAAGGUGACUAAGGCAGUGGUCACUGUCCCUGCGUACUUCAAUGAUUCUCAGAGGACUGCUACAAAGGAUGCUGGUCGUAUUGCUGGCUUGGAGGUUCUUCGUAUAAUAAAUGAACCAACAGCUGCUUCACUGGCCUAUGGUUUUGAGAAGAAAAGUAACGAAACUAUUUUGGUCUUUGACCUUGGUGGCGGUACUUUUGAUGUGUCAGUUCUUGAGGUUGGUGAUGGUGUGUUUGAGGUGCUGUCAACUUCUGGAGAUACACACCUUGGAGGCGAUGACUUUGACAAGAGAGUUGUUGAUUGGCUCGCUUCAAAUUUCAAGAAGGACGAGGGAAUAGAUCUGUUAAAGGAUAAACAGGCUCUUCAGCGUUUGACCGAGACAGCUGAGAAAGCUAAAAUGGAACUAUCAUCUUUGACACAGACUAAUAUCAGUUUGCCUUUCAUUACUGCCACUGCAGAUGGUCCAAAACAUAUUGAAACCACUCUUACAAGGGCCAAGUUUGAAGAGUUGUGCUCAGAUUUGCUUGACAGGCUCAAAACUCCUGUACAAAAUUCCUUGAGGGAUGCAAAGCUCUCCUUCAGUAACAUAGACGAGGUAAUCCUUGUUGGUGGCUCUACCCGUAUUCCAGCUGUGCAGGAACUUGUUAAGAAAUUGACCGGAAAGGACCCGAAUGUUACUGUGAACCCUGAUGAAGUUGUUGCCCUCGGAGCUGCAGUUCAGGCUGGUGUUUUGGCUGGGGAUGUUAGUGACAUUGUCCUUCUUGACGUGACACCAUUAUCUUUGGGCUUGGAAACUCUUGGUGGGGUAAUGACUAAGAUCAUUCCAAGAAACACCACAUUGCCCACCUCAAAAUCUGAAGUAUUCUCAACUGCUGCCGAUAGCCAAACUAGUGUAGAAAUCAAUGUACUUCAAGGUGAGAGAGAGUUCGUUAGGGACAACAAAUCUCUAGGCAGCUUCCGUCUUGAUGGAAUCCCUCCUGCUCCUAGAGGGGUUCCUCAAAUUGAGGUCAAAUUCGACAUUGAUGCCAAUGGGAUCCUGUCUGUCACUGCCAUUGACAAGGGAACUGGGAAGAAGCAAGAUAUCACCAUUACUGGUGCCAGCACAUUGCCGGGCGAUGAGGUGGAGAGAAUGGUGAACGAAGCUGAAAGAUUCGCAAAGGAAGACAAGGAGAAGAGAGAUGCCAUUGACACUAAAAACCAGGCUGACUCAGUAGUUUACCAGACAGAAAAGCAGUUGAAGGAGCUCGGGGACAAAGUCCCUGCCCCUGUCAAAGAAAAGGUCGAAACCAAAUUGGGAGAACUCAAGAACGCCAUCACUGGCGGCUCAACCCAAGCAAUGAAGGAUGCCGUGACUGCUCUCAACCAAGAAGUAAUGCAGCUUGGCCAGUCACUGUACAAUCAACCGGGCGCUGCCUCUGGUGCUGGACCAACACCACCUGGUGAGGGGUCAGCCGACAAGGGACCCGAUGGUGAUGUCAUCGACGCAGACUUUACGGACAGCAAGUGA